CUUUUAUUAAAAUAUGUCACUCAAGUUAUUUGGGCCAUCAAAUAAUCCUAGACUUUGUCAAGUUCAUCUUGUAGCAGAUCUUCUUUAAAUACCAGUUGAAUUAGUUGAAGUUGGAUACGAUCAAUGUGAAUCAUAGGAACAUAAAGCAAGAAACCCAUUUGCUAAAGUUCCUGUUAUUUAAACAACUGAUGGAUUUUUAUAUGAAAGCAAUGCUAUAUGUAGAUACCUUACUCGAUCUAAAUUAGAAUCAGGAUUAUAUGGGUAAAUAUAUAUAUAAAUAUUCUAAAGUGCCAAUGCCUUUUAAUAAUCUUUAGUUGAUUAAUGGAUUGAUUGGACUGUAAAUGAAUUAGAUCCAAAUUUCAUGACAACUUUCCCUUAAUUAUGGGGGUAUGUCCCAACUGAUGAGGAUUCAUUCAAAUCUGCUAAAAACAUUAUUAAUAAUAAAUUAAAAUAAUUAGAAACCCAUUUCAAGAAUUCUACAUUUUUAGUUGGAAAUAAAUUAACUAUUGCAGAUAUAAUACUUAUUGUUAGAAUUGCACCAUUUUUCACCUUGUUAAUUGAUGAAAAAACAAGAAAAUCAUAUCCAUCACUUAUGAAAUGGUUCACUACUGUAACUGAACUUCCUCAAUUCUUAAAAGUAUAUUAAAUAUUAAUAUAAGAAUUUUGGAAGAGUCAGACUAUGUAAAGAGGCCUUCCCAUUACCAAAAUAAGUUCUAUAACAAAAUGAAUAAAAAACUAAAGAUGAGAAAUCUAAAGAAUAAAAGCCUAAAGAAGAAAAACCUAAAGAAUAAAAAAAAAAAGAUGAAAAACCUAAAGAAUAAAAAAAAAAAGAUGAAAAACUUAAGGAAUAAAAACCAAAAGAAGCAUAAAAAUAAUAAGCUUAAGAAGAUGAUGAGCCUGUUAUAGAGAAGAAAAAGAAUCCUUUAGAUUUAUUGCCUCCAUCUCCAUUCAAUAUUGAUGAUUACAAAAGAACUUUCUUUGCUGAAAAAGAUAUUGCCAAAAAUAUUGAACAACUUUUCUCAACAGUUGAUACUCAAGGAUUGUCAUUAUGGAUUAUUACUUAUAAUAAAUCUUAAAAUGAAGGCAAAUAACUUAUUUUAACCAAUAAUUUAAUGAAAGGAUUUAUCAAUUAAAGAUUAGAUUAAAAUUUCAGAAAAUACUCCUUCGCUAUUCAUGGUGUUUAUGGUGAUGAACCUAAUUUGGAAAUCAGAGGAGCAUGGGUUUGGAGAGGAACUGAAGUUCCAUAAGAAUGGGUAAUCCAUUAAUCUAUUAUAAUUUUAGAAAGAUCAUGUUGCAUAUGACUAUCAUGUUUUCAGAAGAAUUGACAUUUAAAAUGAAUAAGAUAAAAAAGAUUUCACUGAAUAUUGGGUUAAUCAAGAAGAAGAUGUAUCUAAAGUUGCUGAUCUUACAGCCAGAAGCUUGAUGUAUUUUAGAUGAUGAAAUAAUUAUUCUAUAAUAAUAUCAAUUGUAAAAUA